CAUACGAAAACAAUAAACCCUAAUUUCCCCAUACCCUGUGGUAAGUGAUUGUUCCCUAAACUCACAAGAGAGGCGCAAUGGGACGUGUGAUCCGUGCGCAGCGUAAGGGUGCAGGUUCGGUGUUCAAGUCCCACACGCACCACCGCAAGGGUCCAGCGAGGUUCCGCAGUUUGGACUUCGGUGAACGGAACGGUUACCUGAAAGGUGUGGUCACCGAUGUGAUCCACGACCCAGGUCGCGGUGCGCCACUUGCCAAGGUCACUUUCCGACACCCCUUCCGAUACAAGAAACAGAACGAGCUCUUCGUCGCCGCCGAGGGCAUCUACACUGGCCAGUUCAUAUACUGUGGCAAGAAAGCCACCCUCGUCGUUGGUAACGUCUUGCCCCUCCGAUCCAUCCCCGAAGGUGCCGUCAUUUGCAACGUCGAACACCACGUCGGCGACCGUGGCGUCUUCGCUAGAGCCUCCGGCGAUUACGCCAUCGUCAUCAGCCACAACCCUGAUAACGACACCACUAGGAUUAAGCUACCAUCUGGUUCGAAGAAGAUUGUGCCGAGUGAUUGUAGGGCUAUGAUUGGGCAAGUAGCUGGUGGUGGGAGAACUGAGAAGCCUCUUCUCAAGGCUGGUAAUGCUUACCACAAGUUUAGGGUGAAGAGGAAUUGUUGGCCUAAGGUUCGUGGUGUUGCUAUGAAUCCUGUUGAGCAUCCUCACGGAGGAGGUAAUCACCAGCACAUUGGACACGCCAGUACUGUUAGGCGUGAUGCUCCUCCUGGCCAGAAGGUUGGUCUUAUUGCUGCUAGGAGGACAGGGCGUCUAAGAGGACAAGCAGCUGCAACUGCUGCUAAAGCUGAUAAGGCUUGAAGGGGAAAUAUUGUUAGGGUUAUAUUUUAUUGUGUGUGUUUUUCAAUUUUGUUUCUUUGAUAGUUUGUCUGUUGAACUGUUUUGGUGCCAUUUUGAGAACCAUUUCCCCUCAGAAAAAUAUUUAGCUUUCAAUAGACAGUGAUUUAUAUUUAUUUAAGUACUCUGUUCAUUCCAGCAGUUUCUCUUCUUGCUGUCUGAUCUGGUUGGAAUGGUUAAAUUGGUUAUUUUGAC